UAGGGGGACUUGAGUUAGAUAACACUCCGCCCCCCGGUCUCAGUGUGUGUUCAGGCCGCGCACAUUACGGAGCUCUCAGUUACAGCAAUGGCGUAUAGCAUCGAGCCCCGGGCCCAGCUCAACAGCCUGCAGUACCGGCUCUACUUCAAGGACCAAAAUGGCCACUAUAUCUCCCCGUUCCACGACAUCCCUCUGCACGCAGAUAAAGCUAAGAAUAUAUUUAACAUGGUGGUUGAAGUUCCUCGAUGGACCAACGCAAAAAUGGAGAUUGCAACAAAAGACCCUCUGAAUCCAAUCAAGCAAGAUGUGAAGAAGGGAAAACUGCGCUAUGUGGCUAAUGUGUUCCCCCACAAAGGUUACAUCUGGAACUAUGGAGCAUUACCCCAGACAUGGGAGAAUCCAGCUCAUAUUGACAAGAACACCGGCUUUGGUGGUGAUAAUGACCCAAUUGAUGUGUGUGACAUAGGAAGCAAGGUGUGUGAGCGCGGAGAGGUCAUUCAGGUUAAAGUCCUGGGGACAUUGGCCUUGAUUGAUGAAGGAGAAACAGACUGGAAAAUAAUCGCAAUCAACAUUGAAGACCCUGAAGCUUCUCUGUACAACGACAUUGAAGAUGUGAGGAGGCUGAAACCUAAUUAUCUGGAGAACACAGUUGACUGGUUUAGACGGUACAAGGUGCCCGAUGGGAAACCAGAAAACCAGUUCGCUUUUGAUGCAGAAUUUAAAAAUAAGGACUUUGCCAUACAAAUAAUAAAAUGCACUUAUGAUCACUGGGAGGCGCUGGUGAAAAAGACGGAAGGAGGAGAAAUAAACUGCACUAAUACCACAGUCCUUGAGAGUCCUUUUGUCUGCAAGCAGGAAGAAGCAAAAGCAAUUGUCGAAGCCACACCGCCAUGUGGUCCUGCAAACACCAUCCCAGAAGAAGUGGACAAGUGGUACUAUUACCAGAAGAACUAAUUUCUGCCAUCUACCAAGUAGACGAGAUCUGUAUCCAGAGCCGUUAUAACCAUCGCACACAGCACCUCAUGGGUUAAAGAUUAGACCUCCGUAAACUGCUUCUAGCUGGAUCCUAAAUAUUUAUGUAACAGAAAUGUCUCCUUGUGUUACAGCUGCAUUUGUUAAUGUGGUCUGCAGGUUUUCCAAUCUCUGUAGGUAAAUUUACAUUGGAAGGAAAUAAAGCUACUUUUGUUGAUAA